AUGAAUGUGGUAUUGCUGGAUUCAAGGACCGUGGGGAUAUCUGGAAACAUUGAGCAUGAUCCACGGACAGUUGGCAGCAAUGGAAAUUCUGAGGAGGUUUUGCCAGAUUCAGGGACCGUUGGGAUGUCUGGAAACAUUGAUGUUGGGAUGACUGGAAAUAUGGAGGAAUUGAAUGGUGAUACUGGGGUUACUGAGAGUGUUGAUGCUGUUGCUCUUGGGCUCGGUUUGUCUAUGAUGGAGCUUUGGUUAAUAUGGAAAGAAGACUUGCAAAUAUCGGUUAUUAGUUAUAGUGCCCAACAUGUGACUGUUUCUAUGAGCAUGGAUUCUCGGCAAGUUAUUUCUGUGCUGUAUGCUAAAUGUAAUCAUGUAGAAAGAAGGGAGCUUUGGAGAUUGUUACAACUUGAUGUAGUCCAAGAUGCACCUUGGUUAUGCCUAGGUGACUUUAAUAUUAUUUGUGGGGAGGAGGAACAUCAUGGUGGUAGACCAAGAUUGCGAGUUGCCAUAGAUGAAUUUAAUGAAUUUAUUGAUAAUUGUGGUUUCGUUGACAUGAAAGCUGUAGGGAGUAAAUUCUCAUGGUGUAAUGGUCAGAGGGGUCUAGCUCAGAGUUGGUCAAAAUUAGAUAGAUGUUUAAUGAAUGCCGUGGCUGCAAGUGCUUUUCCGGAUGCUUUAUGUAAAUAUAUGCAAAUGUGGGUGUCUCAUAGUAAUUUUUGGGAUGUGGUUAACGAUACUUGGAAUGCUUCGAUUGAGACUAUGGGUCUUCCUGGCCUUGCUACCAAGUUAAAGAAAGUGAAAAUAGUCUUAAAGGAUUGGAAUCGUCGUAUUUUUGGCCAUACGGAGACAAAGAUCCAAGACUUGGAAACUCAAAUUGAACAGUUGGAAAGCCAACUCCAGGAGGGUUUUUCAAAAGACACAGAGCAAGUUUUAUUGGGGGCCAAGGAAGAACUUGCCGUUUGGAUGAAAAAAGAAGAAACAAGGCUUUUCACAGCAGGAAAUCAGGCACGUGCUCCUAGAGAUCUUCUAGACUUGUCAAAUUUGGUGCAAAAUUCUAUUCUUGAGAAGGAAAAUGCUAACCUCCUUCAGCUCCCUUCAAUCCAAGAGGUUAAAGAGGCUAUGUUUUCUAUUCCUGUGGAUAGUAGCCCGGGUCUAGAUGGUUUUGGCUCUGGUUUCUAUAAGGCAUGUUGGGAUAUUGUUGAAGCUGAUGUAAUGGCAGUGGUUCCGGAAUUUUUCCUUGGCAUUCCAAUGCCGAGGUUAUACUCAGCGUCCUACAUUGUUCUCAUUCCGGAAAUGCAGAGGCCUACUGGUUUUGAUAAGUUCCGCCCCAUCAGUUUAUGCUCAGUGGUGUAUAAAGUUUUUUCCAAGAUUCUGGUUCGAAGAUUAUCUCCUAUCCUUAACAGAAUCAUCUCUUCAGAACAAGGUGCUUUCCUUCCUGGGUGA